UUCAAGUUAACCUAGCUUAAACUAGAACAUAUCCCUUCACUUCUAGUAGAGGCCAAACAAAUAAAAUGGAUUCAGAAACCACCGUUAAGCUUCCAGUCAUUGACUUCAACAGCCUUGACCUGGAAUGCAAAAACCCUAAUAAGUGGGACGAAGUCAAAUCCCAAGUCAUCAAAGCACUUCAAGAGUAUGGUUGCUUUGAGGCUCUGUUUGACAAGGUUCCUUUAGACCUUCGCAAGUCCUUAUUAGUCUUGCUCAAAGAGACAUUUGAUCUCCCUCUUGAUACCAAGCAACGAAAUGUGUACGAAAAUCCCUUUUAUGGUUAUAUUGGAAAAGGUCCUAGGAGUCCACUGUACGAGAGCAUUGGCAUCGAUGAUGCACUUGUCCUUGAGAAAGUAGAGAGCUUGGAAAAUAACUUAUGGCCACAAGGAUACCCAACUUUCAGCAAAGUUAUGAAUGCCUUCUCAGAGCAGGUAUCAGAGUUGGACCAGAUGGUGAGGAAGAUGGUUCUGGAAAGUUUAGGAGUUGAGAAGUACUUGAAUGAGCACAUGAACUCAAGCACUUAUAUGCUGAGGGUUAUGAAAUACUCGGCUCCUCAAACUGAAGAUGCAAAGCUGGGUGUAAUACAACACACAGAUGCCGGCAUAACGACCAUACUGUAUCAAAUUAAUGAAGUUGAGGGUCUAGAGAUUGAAACCAAAGACGGAAAAUGGAUAACUUACCAUCCUUUACCUCAUAGUUUUGUCGUUUUCGUCGGCGACUGUCUCCAUGCUUGGACAAAUGGGAGGUUGUAUAAUGCAUUUCACAAAGUUAUGAUCAGAGGAAAUGAGGCAAGAUACUCAGCAGCACUGUUUGCAAGGCCAAAAGAAGGUUACAUAAUAAAAGCACCGGAGGAGCUGGUGGAUGAGGAACAUCCUCUUCUAUUUAAGCCCUUUGAUUUCGUCGAGUUUGUGAACUAUUUCCACACAGAAGAGGCCCAGAAACACAGAAUUCCUCUCAAGGCUUAUUGUGGUGUUUGAUUACAUUGCAAUAACUUAUUUGAGUCCAGAUUUGUGGAAUAAAUUCUUGUAUAAAGUUCUAUUGAAAAUAAAAAAAAUCAAUAAAAGUUGGUCUAUUUAAUAA